AUCGCCCAGACUGCGUGGAAGGCAGGAUCUGCUUUGUCUUCUACUCACACCUGAAGAAUGUGAAGGAGGUCUAUGUGACCACCACCCUGGACCGGGAGGCUCAGGCCGUGCGGGGCCAGGUGUCCUUCUACCGGGGCACGGUGCCCAGGCAGGUGCCCGCGGAGGCUGAGGCUGCCCGGCGGAGGAGGGGUGCGGAUGCCCUGUGGAUGGCCACUCUGCCCAUCAAGCUGCCGGUGGGCUGGGAGUGGGGUGAGGGCGGGACAGGCCCAGGGCGACCAGGG